AAGCGUUUACUUACUGAAUGUCACAGAUAAGUGUCAGAGCAAACCGAGGUCUAAAUCUUAAGCCCGUACUGUUAACCAUUUCAUCCUUGAGAGAAAAUGUGCUUUAAUAUAUGAAACAGUAUGUUUUUUCUGCGUGUGUUUUCUUAUGCACUUGUAUCCAACAGUCUUAGGCCAUUGUGUUUUUAAAGCAUACUAGUGAUCGCCAACGUAGCUAAGUUUUCACAUCUGCCCCUCUGCUAAAGAAAAAGUAAACUCUGGUGGCUGGGGGUUUCAUAGUAAUAUCCGUGCCCGGGAAAUGUGGCAAAGUUCCCUGCGGAAAGCAUAAAGCUUGCCGCUGUCCUGCAUCCCGAAGCUGUUUUUGUGAUGGUUGGAGCAACUGAUGAUACUGUGGACAGAAUACUCCUGAGUCCAACGCAGAGGUUUUGUCAGCGGUGGGGCACGAACCCGGUUCCACCCGCGGGACCCAUUCCCUCCUACGCAUAGGCUUCCCUAAGCGUGCCGACUUCCCGAGAGGAAGGACGUUUCCUGGGAGACCGAUUUGGUGGCAGCUGAAGCCACUGCAGGGAAUAAGUUCACCCAGGGAGCUGGGGAAGGGCUGGCAGUUUCCGGUCCAGGAACAGCUCCUGAGAAGUCCUGACCUCGAGCCCAGCUUCGCGGUCUGUUGGAACGCCGGCCCCAGGUGGCCGAGUGUCCGGCUACUCCGUUCGUGGGCGGCGGGGGAUGAGGCCCAGCGGCCCCAGCGCGCGGCCUCCUCCCGCCCCUUCCGCUUCCGCCCGCUUCGCCUCCCCCCUUCCUGGCCGUGCUGCUUCUCUGCCGCCCGUGGCCGGAAGACCCUCGAUCUUUACGUGCUAUGGCCGCCGUGGGGUCUGCGAAGGCAGCGCUGCAGGUGGCGGAAGUGCUGGAGACCAUCGUGAGCUGCUGCGUAGGGCCCGAGGGGCGACAAGUUCUGUGUACGAAGCCCACCGGGGAGGUGCUGAUCAGCCGGGAUGGAGGCUGCCUCCUGGAGGCGCUACACUUAGAGCAUCCCAUAGCCAGGAUGGUGGUGGCCUGUGUUUCCAGUCAUCUAAGAAGAACAGGAGAUGGUGCUAAAACAUUUAUUAUCUUUCUUUGUCAUUUACUCAGAGGACUUCAUACAAUCACAGACAAAGAACAGGAUUCUUUGAUUUCCAAAAAUAUUCAAACCCAUAGAAGGCAUUGGAAAAAUUGUUGUCAGUGGAAAUUUAUUUCUCAAGCUCUUCUAACGUUUCAGACACAAAUAUUAGAUUAUAUUAUGGACCACUACUUAAGUAAACACUUUUUGUCCAUCUUUUCUUCAUCCACUAAAGAGAGAACACUGUGUAGGAGCUCUCUAGAGCUGCUCUUAGAAGCAUACUUUUGUGGAAGAGUGGGGAGAAAUAAUCACAACUUUAUUUCACAAUUGAUGUGUAACUACUUUUUCAAGAGUAUGGCUUGUGAAAGUGGGUUUGAAGAAGUAUUUGACUUAGUGGAUGACUAUUUUGUAGAGUUGAAUGUUGGUGUCACCGGCCUUCCUGUCUCAGAUUCCAGGAUCAUAGCUGGGCUUGUGCUUCACAGAGACUUUUCUGUAUACUGUCCAGCAGAUGGUGACAUAAGAAUAGUGAUAGUAACAGAAACCAUUCAGCCUCUUUUUUCAACUUCUGGAUCAGAGUUUAUUCUAAAUUCAGAAGCACAGUUUCAGACCUCUCAGUUUUGGAUUAUGGAAAAGACAAAAGCAAUAAUGAAACAUUUACAGAGUCAGAAUGUAAAAUUGCUCCUGUCUAGUGUGAAACAACCGGACUUAGUUAGGUAUUAUGCAGGACUGAAUGGUAUAUCAGUGGUAGAGUGUUUAUCACCUGAAGAAGUUUCUCUUAUCCAGAGGAUCAUCGGUCUUUCUCCCUUUGUACUAGCACAGGCCUCUUCACAGAAUGAAAUCUGUAACACUGCUUUGGUGAAAUUUUGUAAGCCCCUGAUCUUGAGAUCCAAAAGGUAUGUUCAUCUUGGCUUGAUUAGCACAUGUUCAUUUAUACCACACUGUAUAGUUCUUUGUGGACCAGUGCAGGGUCUUGUUGAACAACAUGAAGAUGCUUUACAUGGAGCAUUUAAAAUGCUUCGACAGUUAUUUAAAGAUCUUGAUCUAAAUUACAUGAUACAAACCAGUGAUCAAAAUCAUACAUCGAGUCCUCCUAAUUAUAAGACUAGCAGAGAAAGUAAUCCACUGCCAGAAAUUGUUAAUGGCUUAAUACAAAGGCCAUCUCAGGGCACAGUUGUAAAGAACAAAGGUAAACUGGCAAAAACUCAAACAUAUUUAAAAGUAUAUUCAAAUUUGGUAGUUCCAAGUGUAGAAUUAGAAACCUGUAUUCCAUAUUCAACACCAAAAGUGACACCAACAGAUACAUACCAGACAGAUGAAACACUGAGAUGUUUACCUCCAACCCAAACCAGGAUAAUUGAUGACCGUGAACCAUUUAUGGAGAGUAAUUCUGCUAAUUCAGUAGCAGAAAACACUGGAAUAGAAAUUUCUUACGAAAAUUUACAAGUCACAAAAAUCGGUAGAAAGGGAAGCCUGUUGUCAGUGAGAGAGAAGUCACUGGAGAUGUGUACUUCCCAGAGUUACUGCUGCUCCACUCUACCAGCAGGUUGUGUUUUGCCAGUGGGUGGUAAUUUUGAGAUCCUGUUACAUUACUAUCUCCUCAAGCACACCAGAAAAUGUCAGCAAUCAGAAGAAACCAUAGUUAGCAUGAUAAUAGCUAAUGCUCUUUUAGGCAUUCCCAAAAUCCUCUAUAAGUCUAAGAAGGGAAAGUACAGCUUUCCACACAUAUAUGUAAGAACGCUCCAUGCACUGCAAACCAACCAACCCAUGGUGAGCAGUCAGACAGGUUUGGAAUCGGUAGCUGGCAAAUACCAGUUACUAACUUCAGUUCUUCAGUGUUUAACAAAAAUUUUAACCAUUGAUUUGGUAAUCAAUAUUAAGAGACAGCCUCAGGAAAUGUAUGAUCAAGAUUCAGAAGAGGAAGUAUAAAAUUGGAAGUUUUUUAUUAACCAAAAUUUUAAUUCAACUCAAGCAAUAAAGAAGGAUGUGACAGCUGAUUCUCAAAUCAAUUCAGUCUAGUUAGGAAAACAUCAAAACUUAAAAAGUCUUUUAGAAGUACGCUAAGAGGCUAGCAGACUUUCAGACACAAAUACUAGAAAACAUUAUGGAACAACUCUGGGGAGGAAGCCUUCCACAUAGGGGAAGCCAAGAUCUGACUAAGUGUGUCUUUCUUCCCCUUACAGGUGCCUGUCUGCGCUCUGUUAGUUUGAGUGUAUGUGGGAGGGUGUUUAUAGUUCCUUUUUACUUUUCCCUUUUUUCACUCUCUUCAUCUGUCCUCACCUUUCUGUAUUUAUUUAGUUCAUAGAAUCAUUUAAUCUGAGAUUUGGAUGGGGUCUUCAGAUGUCAUCCUAUUUUAAUGGUUUAAAAUAUAAAAUACAGUAUUUGCUUCAUUUAAAAUUAUUUUCUCUACUCAUAAUUUCUAAAGCAAUGAAGUCUUGAUUUUUUUUUUCUCAAGCAUAUAAAUUAGUUUUUACUUUUAUACGUCCCCUUAUUUGUAUCUGUUUUAUGUGGAAAAGCCUGGAUAUGUUUUUUCAUUAUCCAUACACCACUGACUAUGUAACCGGAAAUAUGACUUUGUGCACUGUAAACUUACUUUCAUUUCUGUAGUUAAAAGUCAGUUUCAGAAAGGUUAUGAAAUGAUACUAACAUUUUCUCCUGUCCCCUAAGAGCUUGUAAAAAUCAUUCAUGUAUUGCUGGCUUUUCUUGUAUUUGGUGCAUAUAAUUCAGAGUUCAAUAGUAAUAAACAGUUUGAAAA